GGACCGCCUACAGCGAUUACUGGACGGUUAUCAGCUACUCUUCAGAUGCUAUAGUAACAUGGAGAAGGACGGACGCAAGAGAAAGUGGCACAGAAGCUGCAAAGGUUCUUGGGAUUCAGGCUCCAGAGAGGCACAGGACUGGGCUUCUGUGGCGUGAGAGGCCGUUGAUAGUGGAAUACUCUUUCAGGGCUGGAGUCGUCACAAGUUUGGCCUGUUGUACGCUGGAAGCACGUCAUGCUGGUGUCCACCUAGAGUGGACCAGUCAAGGCUUGUUGUUGCAUUGACGUAACUUGAUUGGCCGCAAGAGGUUCUUUCGGUAUCGCGUGUGUUCGUUAGCAUUUCGUGGCUACUUGAUAAUAUGUAGAUGAAAGAAUGGAACUGCUCAAGGAAGUUUUGGUUGCUGUCGCCGUGUGCCAACAGGAAAGCUGUGAAGAAGCUUUUGCAAAUGCUUUAUGCAUUCCGGCAAGAAUGAAGGCUCAUGAAGGAUCUUGCACUGUAUUGGAGCUAGUUGGGGACAACCUUAAGGCCGUAGCAACUCUUUGUGUGCACUUGAAAGGAUGCACACAAUAGAUUGUAUGCCGCCUUACCGAGCAAAUGCUAGUUUCCAAGUGGGAGCAAUCAUUGCGUGACACAUUGACAAUUAGAGUUCGGAGCGAACUGCAGUGGCUCGUAGCCAAUGAUGUCGAAUCUCGGAUUUGGGAUUCCAGGGAGCGUGCAGCAAUUAAAGUAUGCAGUAGUCAUUGGAGGAUCACUGCCUCAAACCUACAGAAUCCGCUCUUCUGUAAGAAGCAGUGUGAGUUUUGCAGGAAUUUUGUUUGUGUAUCUUGUUUGCUUAGCAUUCCAACCGCAACCAGUGCAAAGCUACAGUGAGUACACACGAGUAAGAAGACUAGGAGGGUCAUAUCUCAAGCUCUUCCCAAUUGCAUCUGGAGACAGCGGUAGCGAAUGGAAGUUUGUCCGCGGAAGAUCAUUAUUGGCGACAAACACCUCAACAGAGAAAUUCAGGCCGCUGGCACCAAGAGACGACAGACUGAACCCGUUUGAUAGUUUCAACCAUUAUCGUGCCGGGUACGACAUCAAGAGUAAGAAUUACUGGGGAUCUGUAGUGUUUACAGGAAUCUAUGGGUACGCAAUUGCUGCCGCUUGGCUGGUGCUAGGGCUGGUCGUCCUUCUUGUGCUUUGCUGCCGAUGUCUCUGCCGACGGUCAUCCAAGGCUUCGAAGCGGCCACGCACAAUAGCUUACCACUGUGUGCCCUGGACAAUAAUUUUCCUCCUUUCUGCGGCUACUGUUGGCAGCAGCGUGGUGCUGUUCAUAGCGUGCAAGAAUUUCACCUCGCAGGCAUACAAUGUGGAGGACGUGAUUGUAGACGCAGCUCAAAAUGCAACGAAUGCGGUUUACACCGUCUCCGACACACUUAACGAAGUGAAGGGCAAUGUGUUGCCUUACAAUCGUCAGUUGUAUCGCACAUUGAACUCGACGGAGAGCCAGCUUGUCAGUAUCGCCGAUCUCGUGAACGAAAAAGUUUUCGUCAACAAAAAGACGUAUCAGAAGGUCUUCAAAAUUGUAGAAAUAGUGUUACUUGUUGUGACUUCGUUGAGUCUGCUGUUAAUCAUUCUUGGGUUGGUGUCAACGUUUCUAAGGUGGAGGCGCUUCUUCUACUUCAUCAUCGUGGUUACGUGGAUGUUCACUGCUUUGACGUGGGUCAUGUUUGGGUUUUUCCUGACAGUUCAUAAUAUUGCAGAUGACACUUGCUUAGCUUUCAAGCAGUAUCUUGAAAACCCCCAGAACACAACUCUUGAUGACUUGCUGCCGUGCUCGGAUUUGGCUUCAUCUGAUACGCAAUACACGGAAAUUCGGGAGGCGUUAAAGAACGUAAUUUCGGAUGCAACAGAUCAAUUUCUAUUCUACGCCAAUGGAUCCACUGAUCUGACAGGAGUUUGUGAUCCAAUUGGUCCACCUCCAGAGUACAAAUACACUGGCAUUUGUGCUAAUGAUACGCUUCCAAUUAGCGAACUAUCCAAUCUUGUCAAGCCUUUUGUGUGCAAUGGCACUCGAAAAGAAUGCUUAAAGAUAUACCCAUUUUAUGCUAACCAAACUACUUACAACGGAAUCGCUGCAAUGACUAAAGCUUCGCAAAGCAUUUUGGAUGCCUUUCCGCUUAUGGAGGGGCUUACCAACUGCUCCCUUUUGCUAAACCCAAUCAAGACCAUGGUGAAUGUACGGUGUGGCCCUGCAAAGGUUGCCAUCAACCGCAUAUGGGAUGCAUUUGCAGUAUUGUCUUCCAUUCUAGUCCUGCUCAUCAUCUUUUGGUGCUUGGUCAAUCGCCGGUACAACGAGCAACGCCAACUUACCAGCAUUGUACCUCACCAAUCACCACCACGACCACCCUACAAGCUCCGGCACUGAAGUGAAACAUGCUAGUUUCUGAGGAAUGCUAACAAGCUAAAAUCACGGUGUGAUCCCAUGCGCAACUCUCUCUUUCUCUCUCUCGCUCGCUUACCUUCUUCGUCUUACUGUGUAAUCUAACUCACAUGGCCUGCUACAAUGUAAGAUGAAGAAAGAUCACCCAAACUAGAGGAGUGGCCCAAAGAGUGCUACUCCCUACAAGUGUUUUGGAGGUGAAUGUUCUUCUAACAUGGAGUAUGCUUGGAGGUGCAGCCUGGCUAGUUAGUCCAUAGGAAUAGUUAGCAUUCCUCUGGAUAAGUACAUUGUACCAUGAGACUCUUUUCUUUCUCUUUCUUUCUUCUUCAAGGGAUUGCUGAUUCCCUACGAUUUUGGGGUCUGUGGACCUUUUCAAAUGUUGUACAUUUAAAAAGAGAGGCAAAUUGACCAAGUUUUCCAACAUGGUAAGCUGAGUUGUGUGAGUUUUCCCUAGCGGUAUAUGGAGCAGAUAUCAUCAAAUUCGCCUUCUGGCAAAAUAUAAUAUACAAAUGUCAUUUUAGGAGUUCCUUUAU